AUGGCCUCCAAGGCAGGACCUUUGGCAAAGCCGUUUAUCGAGACCAGAUGGGCUGACGGCCUCCGGGGUAUCGCAGCUCUCUUCGUCGUUGCCAGCCAUGUCACCCUCUGCUUUGCUCGCAGCGUCAUGCCGCCCUCAAUAUCGACCGACGGGCCCAGAAGGCUAUUCCAGAACCCUUACCUGCGUCUUAUCGGCCAGGGUAAUGCGGCCGUCUCCGUCUUCCUCGUCCUGCUGGGCUUCGUCAACUCGCUCAAGACAAUCCAGCUGAUCCGCUCCGGCUGCUUGCAGGACGCCGUCUCUACCCUCUCGGUCGGCGCAUUCAGGCGAACCGGCAGGCUCAUGCUCCCUGCCACCGCGGCAACGCUGAUUUCCUUCACUCUGUGCAAUCUGGGCCUGUACGGUCUCGCAAGGAGCUCCGAUGCAUACUGGACCAUGACCACCGCUGCUGCGCCGAGCCCGUCUAUACUACAGGGCAUCAAGAGCGUCUGCUGGGAGAUGAUUGCCGUAUGGAUCGUGGGGGAGAACAAGUACGAUCAGCCGCAGUGGGCGCUGGCGCAUCUCUUCAAGGGCUCGUUCUUCAUCUACAUGGUUCUCCUUGCAACCGUCAGUGCCACCCCGGCCUUCAGACUCACGGCUCUCUCCAUCCUCUACGCCUGGGGCUGGAUUGCAGGUGACACCAUUGUUCGACCAAAUAUAUUCGCCGGCAUGAUCCUCGCCGAGUUGACCUACCUCCCAGCGCCAAAGAAGUCCAAAGUCACAACCAUCCUCCCUUACUUCGUCGUCGCCCUAGGCCUCUACCUCUGCUCCUUUCCCGACCGCUUCGCCGACCAGGCCCAAUGGUCCCGCCAGCUCGAACAGCUCGGCCGCAUCAUCUUCCCCAAAAACGCAGCCAUGGGCCGUGCCUGGCCUAACAUCGGCGCACAACUCCUCUGCUUCGGCGUCAUGUACUCUCCCAACAUGCGCCACGUCCUCUCGCACAAAUGGCUACACUGGAUCGGAAGCCUCAGCUUCGCCCUCUACCUCCUCCACGGAAUGCUCAUGCGUACCGUCCUCGUAUGGCUCGUCUUUGGACCCAACUACCUCCUCGGCAUCACCAAGCCAGGCAAGCUCGCUGACGGAACCGAUGGACAAGUCGUGCCCCAGCCAGGCGACCUGAUCGUCGCAUGCAUCCUUCCCGUCUUCUUCGCCAUACUGCUCUUCGUAUGCACUCUCUGGAACCGCUUCGUCGAGCCAUACUUCGGCUACGCUACCGCCGGUCUGGAAUCGUUCGCCAAAUCGUUCGGCAGGAAUCAGUGGCCUUUUAACUCGCUGAAUUCAAUGCAGAAUGGCGAGAAAUCUAUUCUGCCCACUACUCGCAGGGAUUGA